GCACAAAAGUGGUGUUGGAUCAACUUUGUAUAAAAAAUCAACGACACUUUAUACUUGUUCAAUUUGGAAACGUCGCCUCAUUAUUCGCAGUAAGAGCUGAAACAACGGACAUUCAUCGUAUUUCGUUGACAUUUUCGCCAAUUUUAAGAAAUCUUCUUGCCAAAUCAAUAAUUUUUAUAAUUCGUACCGAAACUACGUGGAUAGCCUCAGAAUUAUACCAAAGCCCGCAUCUUAUAUAUCAGAAUCUACUCGUGGUGUACUUCGGGACGGAAAAUGAUACCGAUUUCGACAAUGCUCUUAGACGGGUCCUCAACAUUCCCUGUUACAUUACAAAAGCCGUCGUCCAACAAUUUUAUUACUUUGGCGGAUAUACUCAAUUUUGUUACGUAAUGAACGGACCUAAUGAUACCUAUACGUGUCGAAUUUUGAGUAGAGUUUUGAUUAGUGAAAACAGUCAGAUAUUCAACUCGACAUUGAAUUUAUUUUCGUCUGGUCAUCAGGUGAAAGAAAUCAUUUUCGAGAUGAGGCCUGAUCUUGAUUUGAAAUUCAUCAAUAACAGUAUUAAUUGCGUAACGCAACAAAACAUACAGAACGUGUUAGCACCAACCAGUAUUAAUACCGAUACUGAAGUAGUUAUAUAUAAUGCGAUUUAUUGUAAGGGUCGAUUCUCAGAGAGCUGGUUUGAUCUUAACAUCAGUGACGAUAGUGAUCAAGAGAAUGAAAAAAAUGGCAGCACUUUGAAAGGCAAAAAGGCUACUGAAUCUCGGUUAGACGUGUAUGUUAUGGAAAUACCUUUCAAACAAAAUAAGAUUUCAACGUUCUUCUUUUUUCCAUCGGACAGUUCAAGGUACAAGAAAAACGAUUGCACGGAAAAUGAAAAAAUUAUGCAAAUAAUAGAACAAAUGACGACCGAAGAGGGAUCUCAGAAACUUCGCAAUGUGCUAGAUUGUGGGGUAGCAGAACGAUCGUAUAUGACGUUUCCGAUAUUCAAAAUCGAGCAAAGCCUACGGAUGUACGAACUGCUGGAUAAGCUGGGUCUUAGUGAACUUACGGCGUACGGCUCGGCCAUUCUGCACGAAUUCUCUAACAAAACUCUGAAGCUUGGCGAUGCCCUGCAUCGAAUCAAUAUUGAGGUCACGAUGGAGGGUGUCACCGCGGCCGCGUGUGACUUAUUCUUCAGCGACAAUGAUUGCCAGCACGCCAAGAUAAACGACUCUACGUCGGAUAACCUCUUCCCGUGUAUCUGUCUUAUCUAUGAUAAAUGCAAUCGCAACAUACUUUUCUGUGGCGCUUUGUUCGACAGCUAACAAAAUAACGGUGAACUCGCAGAUAUUUUCGUGAUAAGGGCCGCAAAGCCUACUAAGUUAAUACUGAUGAAGCUUUACUUGACGUUGACACCUCUACAGAGAUUGUUUUCUGUUGAAGAAUUUAGGAAUUCAAUUUUUUUUUAGUAUAAUUAAAAUGUAGGAAAAUAUAGAUUUGUGUGACUUGUUUAAAUUAACAUGGAUUUUAUCGUGAUUUACAUAGAAAAUUGUAUAAAAUGCUCGAAAAUGUAUAUAUUAUAAGUACAAUUGGUAAUUUUAUUAGAAAUAGAGAUACAGUUAGAGAUUAAGAUGUAGCUUCAUUAAAAAAAAUUCUUUUCUCUUUUGUCUUGGA